AUGACGGAGGCUGACAAGAACUUCUACUUCAAUGCUAGGAGGGUAAAUGUCAAACAGACAAGCAUCAAGCUGAUCAACAAGCUUGCUAAGGCCAUGAAGUUCGACAACAUUCCACUCAUUGUCACUCCAUUUAUGUCGGAAAGGUUCAAUGCUCAGAUUGUUCCUUAUCAAGUUCAAGUGGCUCAACCACAACAACAUCAACAACAACAGCAGCAACAGCAACAAGAACAACAGCUACAACUCCAACUCCAACAACCACCUCAACCACAACCAUCACCACAUCAAACCCCUGAACCAUCACCUGCUCACUCCCCUAUCCAUCAACAACAAUACCAAUCAUUUGAAGAUGAGCCCUUACAGUACGAUUUCUUCGAACCACAACCAUCUUCAUCUGAACCCACUUUACCACUCACCCAAACACAAUACUCUCCACAACUACAAUCAACCUCACAACCACUGCCAUCAGAUUCUGCUAUCAACCCUGAACUUCAGGCCUUCCGAGAUGACUUACAGGUAGCUCAGAAUGAAGCCAUUGAAGUUGACCGUCCGGCCACGGUAUCCUGUACAGAGUCUAGCACUGCUCUAGCACUCACGCUAGUGCAAAAUCAAGCCAAUACACAGCUUCCUACACUUUUUGAGAGCACAGUUUUUCAAAAUAAAGUUACUAUGUAUGAAAACUUUGCUGAUUACUCUUUCUUUCAUGAUCAAGAGUUGCUUGGCAAUGUGCAAGUAGAUUUGCUAUCACUAGCUUCCGGAGGACAAUUUGUUCCUCCACUACCAUUGAACCCAUAUCAAGGAACAUUGGUAGUAUACACAGCUAAGUUACAAGCUGAACUUGCCAGAAUGAUAGCUGAAAAUGAAAGAUUGAAAGGUGCACAACUUGUCACUUUAGAGAAGAAACUGGAGGAGGAGCCAUCCAGUUCUUACGGGGACGAGCUUAAAGCUGAUAUCCAUGGUUUAGCUGUCGAGAUGAGAUCCAACCAUGAACUUUAUAUGGCCAAAUUUGAUGAUAUCGACAACAAACUGGAUCAACUCCUCAGGAACUCAAAGUCUAGUGAUCAACCCUCUAGAGAGGAUCCCUCAACUAAGGGGGAGGAUAGAGACAAAGGAGGAGAAGACAAAGGGAACAGCUCCAAUCAGAGCAACAAAGGGAACACAAAUACUUCUGAUUCUGCACCUGGCAGAGAAAUUGAAAAGUCUAAAGGCAAGCAACCCAUGCAUCAACAAGAAGAUAAUUAUGAUGCCUUUCCUAAGGAAAUGGAUGAUGAUGAUGUGUUUGAUGCCACUUACUGCCAGAAUCACGAAGAUGGAGUAUUUGAUGAGGCUUAUCUGUUCCAGACAGAAGAGGAGGCUGUAGAUCUUGAACAUGAAGAGUUGGUGAGAAAGUUCAAGAUGGAAAAUGAAGCUAGGAAGCGAAAGCUCAGGGACUUUCAGAAGCUCCUAGAAGAUAAGCUGAUAACUGAAGAAGAAAUCAAGAAGGAAAAACAGAAAAUCUAUGAUGCUGCCUGUGUGUAG